AUGAAGUGCAUCAGCUUUUGUGCUCUUUUAUUUUGUUUUUGGACUGUGAAUGCCCGCGAAAUUGACUACAAACAAGAGUUGCAGGCGUUGAGCGACCAAAUCAAAUUGCUAAAAACUCUUCAUAUAGCUGAUGUGUCCCGUCUGAAGAAAGAAAUCGACGAACUCAAGCAGAAACCGGAGACAGCCUGCACGGAUAACCAUCAACGCAAUGAGCAGGCAACCCUGGAAUGGGCUAAGAGCUCUAUGAAAGAGCUGCGCACAGAAAUGAAGGAGUUGAGCCGCAACGUGAACAGCUCUUUGCUCCUCCACCAGCUGCAUACUAUUCGUAAUGAGUUGAAACGAGCUCUUUUGGAGACUAUGGAUCUGACUAAGCUCGCUAGGACCCAGGAGGCGAGAGUUGACAACAUGGACAGAGAAAUCGGUCGCCUCAAGCUAGAAGGUCAACAGAUGAGAAGCGUUACUGCACAUCUGCGAUCUCACUUUGGGAAGCUAGCCAAGGAGCUUAAAACUAAACAACUCGAAGAGCUUAACAUGGUAAGCUACAACGACGUCCUGGAACCGCACGAAAUCAGAGCAGGCGAGCUAAAAACCGAGCACGGUCACAAGUAUCGUCAUAACAAAAUGGUGCACGCUCAAAUCUCCCGCCUGGCUCGCAGCCAAGAUCAACUCGACGAAUAUCAACAAAAUCUACAGGCUCAAAUGCUCGAUGUGCAAAAACGACUAGAUCGCGUUGAAGAACCCAACUGGGACCUCGUUUCGGCAAGAGUUGACUUCCUCGAACUCGAAACCAAAUCUUUAAGGGAUGAGUUGAAAAAUACAUCACAAAAGUUUUCAGAUUUCGAUAAAAUACAUGCGUCUAUGCUUGAACUGCGUGAAGAUGUGGAAAGUAUUGAAAACAAAGCUGAUAAAACUAUUCCCGAAUUUAGAAAGGAGAUAUCUAAGUUGGAUGUUAGUUUUGCUCAGCUCAAUGCUCAAUCGUCUUAUUUAAAAGAAGAUCAAGAGAAUCUGCGACAGUCAGUGAAGGCUAUUGCUGUAAGCGUUAGCAAUGCUAUUGAUCGUGCCGAGAUGGAUCGCCUUGUUAUUAAGAAAAUCAAUGAAUCGAUCACUGACUUGGAAAUUAGAUCUAAACAACAUUAUUACCGCCUAAACGACCACAUACUAAAGAGUGAAGCUAACCAUCUGGAUAAGUUAACUAACGGAACUGUUGGCAUUUCUUUGCCCGAUCUUAUGGGCGAAGUUAAAGAACUGCAACCAAUCGAACGCGAAUACGAGGAUCUCGUUAGUCAGCUGCCUAAAGAUUGUUCCAGUGUAUUUGGUCUACCUGAGACUUAUCUAAUUCACCCCGGUAACCAUCCGGUGGAGACUUGGUGCGUAAACGGAAGUACCCUCCUUCAGCGCCGCUAUAACGGGACGAUUGACUUCAACCGAAAAUUCAACGAGUACGUCCAUGGCUUCGGCGACCCUGCGUCUGAAUACUGGCUGGGAUUGGAGUCGAUGCAUCGACUUACUUCAGAUAACUGUUCCUCUAUGAGGAUUGACAUGACUGAUAUUUACGGCAGCUCGUGGUAUGCUGAUUACGAAUACUUUGUAGUGGGCAGCGCUGACAGUGGCUACAUGUUGGACGUCGGUGGAUUCAGAGGAAAUGCCAGCGAUGCCUUCGAAUACCAGAACCAUAUGGAGUUUUCUACUAUUGAUCGCGACAGGGACAUCUCCAAUACGCACUGCGCUGGAAAUUACGAAGGUGGCUGGUGGUUCUCUCACUGCCAGCACGUUAACAUUAACGGAAAGUACACCCUCGGACUCACUUGGUUCGAUUCUGCUAGGAACGAGUGGAUCGCCGUGGCGACCAGCGAAAUGCGCAUGUACCGCCGAUCCGGUUGCUCUUAAGCUCUAUACUGACGAUUACAAUAUGAUAAUUACUCAAACUUAUAGUCGCACUAUCCACGUGCUUAUUAAUUAAAAUACGAAAUAAUUAUUAUAUAUCUUAAUCAUACCAAAGAUAAUCCUAGUAAAACAAUGGUACUUAAUAUUUAA